UGAAGUCCUGACGCACAGAUGUAGCUACGCCAAUCGAUGAAAAUACGAUUCUAGCAAUAGGCCAUUUAUUUAAGUCAACAGGGAGACAGAAUAUAGGCAGGUGAUGGUGCGAAAUACCCCGUGAAAAUACCAGAUCGGAUAAGCUUCUCGGUAAACCUGCCUGUUGUUUCGUCGCCCAACACUGCAGAGGAGAAUCACAACGGGUCAAGAGGACAGAGGCAACGCUGAAUCAACCAUUGGUUUAGGACAGUGUGCGCCUAGAUGACUACACAUCCACAACCUCGGUAGCCUGGACCAAGAUAUCACUGCAUCCUUUCUUUCUGCCCACGCACCUCGCGUUAUCACUCGGCCAGCACCAUGGGUAACCAAGGCAUGGAGGAUCUGAUCCCCCUGGUCAACAAACUCCAAGAUGCAUUCAGUAGCAUCGGUCAGAGCUGCAACCUCGACCUGCCUCAAAUUGCCGUGGUCGGGGGGCAAAGCGCCGGAAAGAGCUCUGUACUGGAGAACUUCGUGGGAAAGGACUUCCUGCCCCGUGGCUCUGGGAUUGUCACUCGCCGACCCCUGGUCCUCCAGCUCAUCAGUGCCACCACAGAAUAUGCAGAAUUUCUCCACUGCAAAGGAAAAAAGUUCACCGAUUUUGAUGAGGUGCGUCAGGAGAUCGAGGGUGAGACAGACCGUGUCACGGGAGCCAACAAGGGCAUCUCGCCGGUCCCUAUCAACCUGCGGGUGUACUCCCCUCAUGUGCUCAACCUGACCCUGAUCGACUUGCCCGGCAUCACAAAGGUGCCGGUGGGGGACCAGCCUGUAGACAUCGAGCAGCAGAUCAAGGAGAUGCUCAUGCAGUUCAUCACCAAAGAGAGCUGCCUCAUCCUGGCCGUCACGCCUGCCAACACUGACCUGGCCAACUCAGAUGCCCUCAAGCUGUCCAAAGACGUGGACCCCGCGGGUGCACGCACCAUUGGCGUGAUCACCAAGCUGGAUUUGAUGGAUGAGGGCACAGACGCCAGGGAGGUUCUGGAGAACAGGCUGCUACCUCUGAGGAGGGGCUAUAUUGGUGUGGUGAACCGCAGUCAAAAGGACAUUGAAGGCAAGAAGGACAUCAAAGCUGCCAUGGAGGCUGAGAGGAAGUUCUUCCUCUCCCAUGCCUCCUACAGGCACAUGGCCAGCACCAUGGGCACCCCCUACCUGCAGAAAGUGCUCAAUCAGCAACUGACCAAUCACAUCCGAGAUACGCUCCCAGCGUUCCGGAGCAAGCUGCAGUCGCAGCUGCUGUCUCUGGAUAAAGAGGCAGAGGAGUACCGCCACUUCCGCCCCGAUGACCCCUCCCGCAAGACCAAGGCCCUCCUGCAGAUGGUGCAGCAGUUCUCCGUGGACUUUGACAAGCGCAUCGAGGGCUCAGGGGACCAGGUGGACACGGUGGAGUUGUCCGGAGGAGCCAAGAUUAACCGCAUCUUCCAUGAGCGCUUCCCCUUUGAGCUGGUCAAGAUGGAAAGUGAUGACAAGGACAUGCGUCGCGAGAUCAGCUAUGCCAUUAAGAACAUUCACGGAAUCAGGACAGGACUGUUUACUCCAGACAUGGCCUUCGAGGCCAUUGUGAAGAAGCAGAUAGUGAAGCUCAAGGAGCCUUGCAUUAAGUGCAUUGACCUGGUCAUCCAAGAGCUUAUCAACACUGUGCGCCAGUGCAGCAAUAAGUUGGACACUUUCCCAAGGCUCAGGGAGGAGACGGAGAGGAUCGUCACCUCACAUAUCCGUGACAGGGAGAGUCGGGCCAAGGAUCAGAUUUUGCUGCUUAUUGAUAUCCAGCUCUCUUAUAUCAACACAAACCAUGAGGAUUUCAUCGGCUUUGCCAAUGCGCAGCAGCGGAGUAGCCAGGCUAGCAACAAGAGCUCUGCGGGCAACCAGGUCAUUCGGAAGGGCUGGCUGACCAUCAACAACAUCAGCAUCAUCAAGGGCGGUGCCAAGGAGUACUGGUUCGUGCUGACGGCAGAGACUCUCUCUUGGUUCAAGGAUGACGAGGAGAAAGAGAAGAAGUACAUGCUGCCCCUGGACAACCUGAAGGUCCGCGACGUGGAGAAGAGCUUCAUGUCCAGCAAGCACAUAUUCUCCAUCUUCAACACUGAGCAGAGGAACGUGUUCAAGGACAAUCGCGUCCUGGAGCUGGCUUGCGAUACCCAGGAGGAGGUGGACAGCUGGAAGUCUUCUCUCCUGCGUGCAGGGGUGUACCCCGAAAAAGCUGCUGUGGAGAGUGACGGCGGAGAGAAAGGUGCUGCUGAGAACUUCUCCAUGGACCCACAGCUGGAGAGGAAGGUGGAGACCAUCCGUAAUCUGGUGGACUCCUACAUGGCCAUCGUCAACAAGUGCAUCCGGGACCUCAUGCCCAAGAGUAUCAUGCAUCUGAUGAUAAACAACGUCAAAGACUUCAUCAACGCAGAGCUGCUGGCUCAGCUGUACUCUGCCGGGGACCAGAAUGCGCUGAUGGACGAGUCCCCCGAGCUGGCCCAGAGGCGGGAGGAGGUGCUCCGGACCCACCACGCCCUCAAGGAGGCGCUCACCAUCAUCGGAGACAUCUCCACCACCACCAUUACCACUGCCAUGCCCCCUCCAGUGGACAACUCCUGGCUCUCCGCCGGAGGAGGAGGAGGACGCAGGUCCCCCCCAGCCAGUCCCACUGCGCCCAGGCGGAUGUCGUCUGGUCAGAGGCCUGCCCCAGGCCGGGGGGCCCCUCCACCUCCCGGCCGCCCUGGCCCUCUGGGGCCCUUGAACAACAGCGCCGACUCCCCCCAGGUCCCCAGCCGCCCCAACCGGGCUCCACCCAGCAUUCCCAGUCGGCGUCCCCCUCCCUCCCCAACAAGGCAGGCCCCAUGAAAGGCCACCUCAGGCGACCGCUUCAGUGUGGAUGAAGCACUCCACUCCCCCUGCCCUACCCCACCUACCCCUCUACCCCAUCACUCUUAACACCUGACUGGCGCCUCGCUGGUCCCAUCUCCCCAGUACUCUUCCUCUAAAUGCAGCCUUGCAAAACCCCUUGCAUGUCCCGAGCCCCCGUCUCCCUGGCUCUCCACUCUCGACCUUGUGCUGUCCCGUCCGAGACCCGUUGCUCCCCCCCCCCCCCCCCCCCCCCGCUGUCCUCUCGGCCCUCCCUCUGGUGAUAGUGUCCUCUCUAGCGCUGCUUGUUUUUGUGUUGUAUCUCUGUGCCCGUGCUGACCGUGUGGUUCUUAGAUUUUUUCUCAGCAGCAGACCUCUUCUCUCUCUCUCUCUCUCUCUCUCUCACUCUCGUCCUCUCUCUCUCUCUCUCUCUCUCUCUCUCUCUCUCUGUCGCUCUCUCUCUCUCUCCACCACAUUCCCGCAUAUACUGCACUGCACUGUCGCUGUCGCUCCCCACUGGCCGUUCUCAGCAGAGAUGCAGCAUUGGACAUUUAUCAUGAAUGUUCCCAAUGCAGCGGGACCAUCAGGCUUCUUAUCAUGCAUGUUUGUGGGUGUGUUGUGCUGUGUUGUGAUGUGCUGUGCAAUGUGUGUGUGUGUGUGUGUGUGUGUGUGUGUGUGUUUGUGUGUGUUUGUGUGUGUGUGUGUGUGUGUGCGUGUGUGCGUGUGUGUGAUUGCUUUUGUGUGGUUGGGGUGUGUAUAUGAAUGAGGAAAUGGAACUGGUAUAGCUGCAAUACAUGCAUAGUUAAAUUAAUGUAUAUAUAUAUAUGUGUGUGUGUGUGUGUGUGUGUACUGUAUGUAUGGGCCUAUGAGUGGUUAAAUACAUGUUCAGAGAGUGAUGUGUGACAAGCAGUGCACCUGUAUGAUUUUUCUGUCUGUUUGCAUGUUUGUUUGAAGUUGUGGUUCCAUGUGUCGUGUUUGUUUUCAUGGUCUCACUCUCUCUGUGUGUGUAUGUAUGCACAGUGUGUACAGUAUAUGUGUGUGUAUGUAUAUACAUUAUGAAUGUGUGUGUGUGCGUGUGUGUGUGCGUAUGUGUGUGUGUGUGUGUGUGUGUGUGUGUGUGUGCGCGAGCAUGCGCGCCUCUCUUUGUUGCUAUUCCAAACGUGACCCCCGUCCCUGACCAAGUAAAAGUGUGUGACUCUGUGCCUGUGUUGUCACUGCCAUGGCCAGGCUGCGUCUGGAGGCCAGGGGCCCAGGCAGGAGUGCACUGGCAGGGGUUACUGUCCCGACCAACUGCCUAAGUGUGCACUCCACUAUGCUGACUGUGUCUGCUUGUGCGCGCAACCUCUGGCAGCACGGACCCUUAUCUAACAGUGGCAAAGGGCAUCCGUCUUUGUCAUGAUUACUGUUUUGCUGGUAUGCCCUCCAUGCAAAGGGGGAGGGCGACUUAUCUUAAAGCCAGUUAAGUGAACAUCAUCAUUUUUUUCUCUCUCUUCAUCUUUAGUGUGUAGUGUGAUUGGUGCAACUAGAGUGUGAUUGAUUCAAAUGUGACACCUUAGAUAAACACAAACGUCGAUAAGCUAGCUAUAGGGAAAAUAGCUUUUAAUAUAUUAUUUACUCAGCCAGAUACUUGACAUUUGUAUCAGACAAUGACAGAAGAGUGACACCCUUUGUGAAGGCAAUGUAGGCAUCUCCUCGGAUAUAUUCAGAAUGCCACUAGCAUCAGUGUCGGCUAUCAUGUAGGAAGAGGACACCCGUCAGAGAUAGCAAAUGAUGAUCUGUCAAUUUCCACAUAGCUCCACACCCUCAGAGUUUCAGUAUGUUGUAAAUGUGUGUAUGUCGACUCCCUCCAUCUGUAAAGCAUGUAAUCUGCAGUAAUGACCUGACCAACUGUCACACUCUGUCUCCCUGUCACCAGUCUUGAUGACCCCCUGUGAUCAUGUCAGAGCAGAAGUUAGUUUUGCUAUUAAGUGCCCAGUGUAAAGUCUUGUUUCUGUGGGUCUGUCCUCUAGUGAAGUGGUGUUCUGCCAAAUAUAGACAUUGCCAAAUAGGUAAUUUAUUCAUUCCACAAGGGUGUGCUCAUAAAACCUCUAUCUUGCGCUCACUGUCUGUAAACAGUAUUUGUCUUUUACUCUGACUUGAGAGUCGAUUUGCUUUACUGGCAUGGGUAACACAUCUGUAUUGCCAAAGCUAAUAGUAUGAAAAUGAAUAUAAUAUGCAAUAGAAUAUUACAUAGACAGUGUUACUGUUACACACAUACGUAUCAAAAUAUUAUUGUCUGCAGCAGAACACAUUUAACUCCCCUUUGUAAAUGUAUUUAUUUGGGAGCUGUACCAGUGGUUACAUACUUUCUGUAUCUCUCUUGAUCUCCAAUAAAUCUGUCCUUCU